UUUAAAUAUGGCUGUCAGUAGUUGGCGAUUGAGCAUAUUUACAGAAAUUCCAGAAAAGUAAAAACACAGUUUAUAAUUAUUUUGUUUUCCAGAUUACGCACAAUUUAAGAUGGUUUUUAAGCUGUGAAAAGAAAAGUAAAUUGCUUUCUUGCUUUUGUUUUAGAAGUGUUCAUGAUUGUAGAUUUAUUCCCCCUCUAUUUUUAAUGAAAUGGCCCCUGGGCUGCAUCUUGAAUCAUUGUCACUGUGUUGAAAGAGAGUGACUGUCUUGUGGUUUAAAACUUCCCUUUGUGUAUUUUUUUUAAUGCAGAUGGAACAUUUCAGCCAUGCCAGCCCUUAAGAAGCUUGAUGGGAAAUAUUGCAUGUCUGUACAGAGGCCCCAACAUAAAAGGCUCUAGUAUUUCUCCAGCAAAUGUACAUUUCCUUGGUAUUUUUUAGAGAAUGUCUGUAAUGAUAGUGGCAAACCUCUAAUACUAUCUUCUGUUUACUCAUAUAGGACUGAUUGAUGAGGUUUUGUGUGCCUUGUUUUUGUGGUGUUUGUUUGAUAUUUCUUUGGGAGUAGGGAUAAAUUAUUUUACCAGCUUGAGAUAUGGGUCACACCAUGUCCCAACUUGGCUUGGCCCAGUGUGCCCUGUGUGUGGGAUGAGCACAAAGAAUUAUGAGCUUGUGGAGAGUGUUUCCUGAGUCAGCUGUGAUCCCUCUCUUUCUCAUUCCACCCCCGGCGGUCUAGUUCCUUCUGACAGAUCAGUAGCAGCUGAGAGAGUUCUGUUUGGGUCUAACCGGGAACUGGGGGUGGGUGCCAUCUGGAUCAUGUGACUUUGGCCCCCCUACCCUCACCUUUGCUUGCAAGAGCACCAGGCGUCCUUAUCCAAUCAUGCCUGGAAUGCAGCUUGCCACUUGGGCUAUUUCUGCUGUCUGUCGCUAUCGAACUGCAGCUCGAACAGUUUGACACAUGGGAUGUUUUUUUUUCUUUUCCCCGUCUCCCGUUCUUUCCAGAUCCCUCUCUCUCUCUCUGCCUGAAGCUUGUGGGUUGAACUUUUAAGCUCCCUGGCAGCGCUUCACUGGUAGCUGUGAAACGAAACGCAGCCUCUGUCUGUGAGUAAGGGAAAGAGAGAGAAAGAAAGGAAAGAGGGUGGAUGAGCAAGACAGAGAGGGAGAGCAAAAGGGGAUCAGACACACUAAACAGUGGGUGAGACAGAUCCAGGAAGAGCUGGUCAGAGACAGAUCCAGGAGGACAGGAGAAUGUCUCACCGGCUUCGGUUAUAUUUUGGAUCAGGACGCAGUAACACUGCACCAGAGUUGGAGGAGCUGAAUGGGACCGUGGAAGACAGAGAUGAGAGAGGCUACAGUGGUGCAGGGGCCAUGAUAUUCCAUGCGCAGCCGCGAAACGGAGGACUUGCUGAAAGCCCAGAGAUGGGUUCAGUUGCUGUUUCAGAUGCCUCUCUAAAGCGAAGCUCUUCCAUGUUCAUCCCACAGCUCCAGGGUCAAACUGAACCACGGACGACCAAGAGCACCUCUGUCCAGAUAUCUCUACAACGCUCAACUCUGUCUCAAGAAGAUACAUUGCCCUUUGAUCCUCCUCCAGGGUACCCUCAAGAUCCAGCUCCAGCCUACACUGAGCCUGGUGAAAGUUGGCACUUGCCUCCACCUCCAGCUUACCAUAGAGAAGAAACCACAUCCUGCCAGAAUGUGGAACAAAGUCAACCAGGUACUGAGCCCAUCCAACCUAAGAGGCAAGUCUUUUGUGUUCGGCCAUGUGAUGGACAAAAUGGUUAUGCUAGUUUGGGUGUACCUAAUGAAAGUCCUCAAGGGAUUACCAUCGGAGGUUUCAGUAUUCGGAGAAGAUCCGCAGAUGGCUCGGAUGUCCAGCAGUUUAGGAUCACGCCAUACAGCGAGGAUGGCCAGAAUGGCCACCGUUGGUCUGUCCAGCAAAGCUCAGACAGAGGUCCUGGCAUGCAAAGACUCGUCUUCCAGCUUCAACAGGACCAAGGACGGCACCCAAGCCCUACUUCUCAGGCUGACAUGACUGAUUUAGGCAUCACAGGUUCUAAAGGCAGCCGCUUGGUGCGGUAUCCUAGGAUCCGACUUGAGAGGAGCGCUUCACAGCCGUUGCAAUUCAGAGGAGCUCCUUCAUGCCUCGGAUCCAUGCCAAACCUUCAUGCCCCGAUCUCAGAAAUGGAGACUGAAAGUGAGAUUGUUGAGAACAGAGCUCAAGGCUGCACUUUCAAAAUUAGGAAGGAACAGAACUCGCGACAGCCCAAGUUUAAGAUCUAUUUCAGCCAGGGAGGCGAGCACAGUCCCAUUCUUGCACGGGAUAUUAGCGUUGGAAAGGUGCCUACCUGCAGCAAUCCACAGGCUCACAUUGGUCAUGCUCGGUCCAAGAAUGGGCAUUUCAACCAUGGUCAGACCAGAGAUGACUUCCUCGGGCAAGUGGAUGUGCCUCUUACCCAUUUACCGACGGAGGACCCUGCAAUGGAGCGGCCGUACACGUUUAAAGACUUUCUCCUGCGUCCAAGAAGUCAUAAGUCUCGGGUGAAAGGCUACUUGAGACUGAAGAUGGCCUACCUGCCAAAGAACGGAGGGCAUGAGGAGGAAAGCAGUGAGAUGAGGGAAGAGGCUGAGGGCUGGGAGGUGUCAGACUCCACUGAUCCGGGUUCACAGAGACCUCAGCAGCUCCUGCCUCCGCUGCCUCAAGGCUGGGAAGAGAAGGUGGAUAACCUGGGCCGAACCUACUACGUCAACCAUAACAACCGCACUACGCAGUGGAAGAGGCCCAGUAGUGUGGAUGUGGUUUCAGAAACGGAAAAUGAUAAUCAUUUGCGGCAGAUUAACCAGGAAGCCCACAGAGUUUUCCGCUCUCGACGGCACAUUAGCGAAGACCUGGAAAAUGAGCAGCUGGACAUCAGGGACAUAGACGACUCAUGGGAACCCAUAUCAGAGGAAGAUCCAACUUUAAUGACUGACGUUCUGAACCAUUCUCUGUCCGGACCCUCCUCUCUGGCAAUGCCCCUCUCCAGCACUCCAGAAUUCUCAGAUGAGAUCAGCCUUAGAUUGUCUCUCGCUCCAGACACAAACGGUGAAAUCCCAGGACCCAGCUCUGCUGUGAGUCAUCUUUCCUCUCGGCUACGCUCCUCUAGUAUGACUGAUGGGGUCAGUGAUCAAACUCAACCUCCCACACCAACGCAGAACUCCCAGACCCGACGAACAAGAGCACAAACGGUCACAGGCGUUGAGGACACCAUGUCUCCAUCGGCCUCCUAUGCCCUGACCACACCAGGCCUUCCGCCAGGCUGGGAGGAACGCAAGGACCCAAAGGGGCGAACGUACUAUGUCAACCAUAAUAACCGUAGCACCACCUGGACGCGGCCCAUUCUGCAGCACACUGAAGAUGGAGCCAGUACCUCAGCUGCGGCAGUAGGGGGCGCUACAGCAGCCACGCCCCCCGCUUCCACCCCUUCCUCCUCCAGCGGCCAUCUAAGCGAACCACAAGUGCGCAGACCCCGUAGCCUCAGUUCCCCCACCGUCACCCUCUCUUCCCCACUAGAGGGAGCCAAUAACGCCCCGAUACGGCGAGCCGUAAAGGACACGUUUUCCAACCCUCAGUCCCCGCAGCCUUCUCCCUACAGCUCACCUAAAUCCCAGCAUAAAGCAAACCAGAGCUUCCUGCCCCCUGGAUGGGAAAUGAGAAUAGCGCCCAAUGGACGGCCGUUCUUCAUUGACCACAACAGCAGAACCACUACAUGGGAAGAUCCACGCUUAAAGUAUCCUGUUCACAUGAGGACAAAAGCAUCUCUAGACCCUGGCGACCUCGGCCCACUUCCUAAUCUUCCAGAGGAGCCUGGGUGGGAGGAACGAGUGCACGCAGAUGGAAGAACCUUUUACAUUGACCACAACACCAAAAAAACACAGUGGGAAGACCCUCGCCUCCAGAGUCCUGCCAUAACUGGACCCGCGGUGCCAUAUUCUAGAGAAUUCAAGCAGAAGUAUGACUACUUCAGAAAGAAGCUAAAGAAACCGGCAGAUAUUCCGAAUCGCUUUGAGAUGAAGCUGCACAGGAAUAACAUCUUCGAGGAGUCAUACAGACGGAUCAUGUCCUUGAAGAGACCCGACAGCCUGAAGGCCCGCCUGUGGAUCGAGUUUGAAUCGGAGAAAGGCCUGGACUAUGGGGGCGUGGCCAGAGAAUGGUUCUUCCUGCUGUCCAAGGAGAUGUUUAACCCUUAUUAUGGGCUGUUUGAGUACUCAGCCACAGAUAACUACACCCUUCAGAUCAAUCCAAACUCUGGCCUCUGUAAUGAGGAUCACCUCUCAUACUUCAAGUUCAUUGGUCGGGUGGCUGGCAUGGCUGUGUAUCACGGCAAGCUGUUGGAUGGUUUCUUUAUUCGACCUUUCUAUAAAAUGAUGCUGGGCAAACAGAUCACACUGAAUGAUAUGGAGUCAGUGGACAGUGAAUACUACAACUCUCUAAAGUGGAUUCUGGAAAACGACCCCACAGAACUGGAUUUGCGGUUCUGCAUUGAUGAGGACAACUUUGGACAGACAUAUCAGGUGGAUUUGAAGCCAAGCGGAUCAGACAUGGUUGUAACCAAUGACAACAAAAAAGAAUACAUAGACCUGGUGAUUCAGUGGCGGUUUGUGAACAGGGUGCAGAAACAGAUGAACGCCUUUUUGGAAGGAUUCACCGAACUCAUUCCCAUCGACUUGAUAAAGAUUUUUGACGAAAAUGAACUGGAGCUGCUGAUGUGUGGUCUCGGAGACGUGGAUGUCAAUGAUUGGAGGCAGCACACCGUUUAUAAGAAUGGCUACUGUCCUAAUCACCCUGUGAUCCAGUGGUUCUGGAAGGCUGUGUUGUUAAUGGAUGCCGAAAAGCGGAUCAGACUUUUGCAGUUUGUCACUGGAACAUCCAGAGUGCCAAUGAACGGCUUUGCUGAACUCUAUGGUUCCAAUGGGCCGCAGUUGUUUACUAUCGAGCAGUGGGGGACGCCUGACAAGCUCCCUCGUGCUCACACCUGCUUUAAUCGUCUGGACCUCCCGACGUACGAGACGUUUGAAGACCUGCGAGAGAAGCUUCUGAUGGCGGUGGAGAACGCCCAAGGCUUCGAAGGCGUUGACUAAAGAAAUCCCUUUAUAUACACACAAUCUCCUAAUGCAACCGACGAGCAAAGACAUGUACAACACGCACACACAUCUAUACUCACAUAUACACACUCUCGAGUUGCCAUUGUACAGCCAGAACCCAGCGGUCGCAGGCGUGUGAUGUCAGCACAGUAUAUGCAUGUAUCUGUCUAGCUGGAAUGACAUUGGCUGUGAAUGCGUUUUGAUGCCAAACAGCCCUGCAGUAUCCCUCAAAUCAUGUUCUCUCCCAACACAUUUUAUUUUUAAAUCCAGCUCUGAGGCCAUGGCAACUUUUCUAUUGACGGUAAUCGAAACUUCAGUAUUUGAAGGCCUCAGUGGGUGUGGCCUCAGAGAGGGCGUGGCCUUGAUACAGCAUAAAAACCACCACAACCAAUCCCAUUUUCACAUUAACAUAAUAUAAGUUCUGCGGAGAGGCAACAAUGAACUCUCUUAUCAGGUUUUACUAACACCAGAUUACCUUAGGAAUCACAGCCAGGAUGAAGGGCGCAUCCUCAUCCUCCCUUAUCCCGCAAAGUACGCCAAGUUUCCCCUUCCUUUGUCGAGGAUUAUUUUUUUAUCUUCUUUUGCAACGCCAAGAAGCAAUGGGAUGUUGAUAAUUGUUUUUAAUAGUUAAUUAUUAUCGCUGUUAUUAUGAUACUGUUGUCAUUCUUACUGAGUAAACAGAUAUUUGUACCAACAAUGUGGUUUACUAUUUUAAACUAUGUUAUUGAAAAUGCAUCAAUGGCCUGGCUAUAUUCAAUUCAAUUCAAAAUCCAUAUCAUCGUGGGUAAAAAAAAAAAAAAGAAAAAAGAAAAAAAGAAAGAAAAAACAAACAAACAUGAUCAACAUGAUUAUUGUAUUGCUAUGAAAACUGGCAUGAACAUGUAUCUUGUGUUUCAAUAUGAUUACGUAGUAAUUAUAAAGCUAUUCUCCUUCUUGGUUGAGAGCAAAGAUCGAAAAAGUCAUGCAUUGGACAUGUAAAUGCGUUUGUCGGAGAGGGUUUUCUUCAAUUGUAAUAAGUAUUGUUCUUAUCUUAAUUAUGAUUAUACCUGUUCAUAAUGCUGUAAAUGAGUUUGUUUUGGGGAAAGAUGCGGUUGGACUCUUUUACUGUAUGUGUUAAAUCUGUUGGAAGUAUUAAAGAGCGACACAGAGUGUAGCUAUCUUAAAAGCGCUGUGAUUCAACACUGCAAGUCUCGUAGACUUUCAGGAUGUAAACUUUCUUUCUGUCUUUAUUUCUUUCUAUCUUGUUUCUUCUAACACCACUGUACCUAUAAGGGCACUUUAUUGAUCACACACUAGGGUCAUGUCACCUGUUUUUUUGUGAACUUGAAUGUGAUUAUCUUUUAUUUUCUUUUAAAAGCACUCAGUUACUUGGUGCAAUAUCUAUUGUUUAUAAUCGGCCUGCUGCUAACAUAUCAGAUCACAGCUCACCCCUACAGCUGAUCUGGAGUCAGACUGGCUCUUCAGUGUGAAACUGGACGAGUCGACGUCUGGAUCAGCUCUGUAGGAGCAAGCUCCACCUGGAGUAAGACUUCAGAAUUUUCUUUUCCAGUCUUUUUUUUCUGUACGCCUCCCCACUCACACUUUUCGGGCCGCUGUGGCUCUGUAGGUUUGUGAUAACAUUAUGAUUAUUGUUAUUGUUAUAAAUUACCCUUCCUCUUUUGUAGGGGCAGUUCUUUUUUUAUUGAUGAGGAACAUUUACUGUCUGGUUCCUGCUCACCAUGAAACCUUGCGAUUCGUAUAACUUCGUUCAAAAUAAACUGAUAAAUGGAA